GGCGACCUUUAGCAUCGUGGAGUCCUUGGAUCUGACAAACAGUGGUGCCAACUUUGAGUACAAACAGUUCAUGGACGGCUUCACCAACUACAAGUAUGGCUUCCUGGUCCCUGAGCAGAGCUACAAGAAGUUCGUACGCUUCUCCCUCUCAAGCUUCGAUACAGCAUCUGUGACAGCAGCAGAUCUGUCGAGUGUCUCAGGGAGCUUUGUGAAAGGUCUGGUACGAGUGCGCUAUGGCUAUUUGGUGGUGAGUGAUGGAACCGUUGUGAAGAUCCACCUGGAGUCGAUGAGCCAUGAGACGCUGACUCCGGCGAGCGGACAGACACUGUGGAGUGGUCUGGUGGAUAGCAGUGGCAAUAUGUGGAGUCUUGCAACGACAAACAGCUACAAAGAUUUCUACGCUCUUUGCCAGG